AUGCGUCUCUGCGGAAGUGUUACCGCUGCGGCCCUGCGACACAGACGCGGCGAUGCAACCCCCGGUCUAUUUGCCUUGCAAGCUGGGCUAUUCCACUUCAGGCUGAAACAAUGCAGGCGAGGCCUGCUUACGGACAGCUAUGCUCGAGGCCCUGCCAUGCCCCCCUUACUGGAGUUGACUGUCGGUGAACAUUUCGCCAAGAUUGUGUCAGAGCACGGCGAUCGAACAGCAGUCAUCUCGAAACACCAACAAGACCGUCUUUCCUAUGCCUUGCUUGAUAGUCGAAGCAACUCGCUUGCUCGUGGCUUGGCAUCCGUUGGAGUCAAGAAAGGGGAUCGCGUGGGGGUAAUGCUGGGGAACUCAUCAGAAUAUGCUGUAACGGUGCACGCUUUGGUAAAAUUGGGUGCCAUUCUGGUUCCACUCAAUCCAUCGUUUAAUGCUGCUCAAGUGAUUUCUGCACUGGACCACCUUGGAUCAAGCCACCUGAUCAUAAGCAGCGAGUCCAAUCUUCCCCGAAAAGAUCCUCGUUGCAAUCUUCCACUUAUAGAUCAGCUCGUCGGAGAUAUCUCGUCUCACAAGCUUGAGUCAUCCUCCGUACCCUCGUUGAAGCAGAUUAUUCUCGUCGACAAUUCAGCUGGCCGGGUGGAUACAGCAUCAUACAGGAACCUGACGCCAUUUCACUCCAUCGUGUCCGACUUGGCAGCUGAUGGUCGUUCUUUACCCCCUCAGGACCUUUCGCCUGACGACAUCAUCAACAUCCAGUUCACAUCUGGUACUACAGCAAUGCCCAAAGCAGCUUGCCUCAGUCACCGCUCGAUCCUCAAUAACGGAGCCCAAAUCGGGGACCGAAUGCUUCUAACACCAAAGGACAUUGUCUGCUGCCCACCGCCAUUAUUUCAUUGCUUCGGAUUGAUUCUUGGGUUCAUGGCCACAGCAACCCACGGCUCAGCUAUCGUCUUUCCGUCCGAGUCAUUCAAUGCCAAGGCAGUGUUGAGAGCCGUGCAAGAAGAACAAUGCACGGCGCUGUACGGCGUUCCGACAAUGUUUCUCGAAGAACUCAAUCUCAUCGAGACUGGGCAAAUUGCGAAUGAGGGAUUUGAAUUUUUGCGAACUGGUAUUGCUGCUGGUAGCAGCAUUCCCGCAGAGCUUAUGAAAAAGCUUCACAAAGUUCUCAAUCUCACCGAAUUGACGAUAUGCUACGGAAUGACCGAGACAAGUCCCGUAUCUGCCAUGACGACGACUGACGAUCCUCUUGAAAAGCGAAUCAACACCGUUGGACGGCUGAUGCCACAUGUGGAGGCAAAGAUCGUUGACCCGGUCGACAAGUCUAGCAUUCUUCCUGUCGGCGCACGCGGAGAGCUCGCUGUGAGUGGGUAUCUGCUGAUGAAAGAAUAUUGGAACGAGCCCGAUAGAACCGCGGAAGUCAUGAUCGCGGAUGCAAAGGGAAAGAUGUGGAUGCAUACCGGUGAUGAAGCGACUAUAUCAGCUGAUGGCUAUGUGACUAUCACGGGCCGAAUCAAAGACUUGAUCAUUCGCGGUGGGGAGAAUAUUCACCCCUUGGAGAUUGAAAACUGCCUGCUCGGAAUGCCCGAGAUCAACGAUGCUUCCGUCGUGGGCGUCCCAGAUGCGCGGUAUGGCGAAGCUGCUGUUGCUUUUGUCAUCGCACGAGAACACACCUACAGUCCUCUUACUCCUGAGAAAGUCCAGUACUGGGUUCGUGAAAAGCUCAGCAAUCACCUAGCACCGAAGCAUGUUUUCUUUCUCAAAUCGGGUGAGACGUUCCCCAAGACCGCCAGUGGGAAGAUCCAGAAAUUUAAGUUGAAGGAGGAGGCCAUCAGACGCAUCACACAUAAUGAGAAGAAAUCUCAGUAG